AAUGGUACUGAGUGGAUGCUUCCGUGCCGAAUCCGAACGGCGAGGUUUGAUGCUUUGAUGGUCAUAUUAUGGUCAUCCCAGCCAAGUUCAAAUUUUAUUUUGAUUCCUCUCUUCUAUUCUCUUUCUCACUAUUUUAGAUCAAGAGAUCCGAAAAACCAACUCUCUCACAAAUCAAGCUACUUUAUCUUCUACCUACAAGCACUACUAUAAUACCAGCCAAGAUGAUCAUGAAGCAAUCGACCCCCAGCAACAUCAACAGCAACAGCAACACUCUGAUUGGCAUUACCAACCUAUCAGGCCACAGCCACGGCAGCGGUGAGUUCAGCGUUGGCUCUAAUAACGGCAGCCGCAAACGAUCAAGUCCCAUCAAGAAGAGCAUCCAGUGGGAAUUGGACAGCGACGGCGACAUCCAGUGCGCGACCAAGUUGGUGGAGUGCUUUGCCAACCUUCCCGACGGCAAAGAAUCCAUUUGGUACGAAGGCAAGGAAUUGGGCGCCAUGAGGAAGAAAGAUAUCAAGAGUCUCAAGCACGCACAAGUGAUGGCCGGAACUUCUUCUAUCGAGAGUGACGAGAUAACGUGGCGUGGAUUCGAAGACAUUGAAGGCUGCUGGUGUCGCGUGGAAAAAAGUGCUGACUAUACCACGGCAGUUGUCAGACACUACCACGCCCAGUUGAGUCAAGGAUACUUUGAUCCCGAGGAAUUGAAAAAAAUAGCCAAGGGACUCUCUAAACAAGAACGCACACGAGUUCGUCAACUCGCACUGAAAGAUGCUGCGGCCGUUGGAAACAAGACUGGCAUUCUGGGGCGCCCCAGCACCAUUCGUCGCGCGCGAAGCAACGUCACCACCGCAAGCAAUGGCAUGAAGAGAGUUUCCUCCUCCUCCUCUGGUGGAAUGAAGAAAGUAAGGAGUUCUGCUGGUUUGAAGAAGGUGGGAUCCAUCAACCAGCUCCGCUUGGGAGUCCAAAAAGCAAGAAAAAGUGUCUCCAAUUUGAGUAACUUCCAAUGGGGAGUCAAGAAAAAUGGAAGCAAAGAAAACCUGCAAUUGGCCGCAGUCACUGCUGCUGCUUUCUAAUUAGAAAGCUACAGCUGUGCCUGCUGAAAGGUCCUCUUUUCGCCACUCCAGCUUCUUCAGAUCUGCCUCCAUACUUGGCCCACCCUCCAUCUAUCUAUUUCAUAAUAAUACAAGACAAUGAUAAUACUAACUAAAGAACGAUGUCAUUCCUC